CGUCCCUGCCCACCUAACCAGAAGGAUCUGUCACGACCCUCAAAAAAAGCAAAUGUCUCUCCCGUCCGUCGCUCCUCCUCAGACGACCACUGGAGGGUCCUCAGGAGACUCCUCGUCAGGCUCUUCCGCUCCGUUCGUUCUCGGUUUCGAUCUGUCCUCAGGAGACUCCUCGUCAGGCCCUUCCGCUCCGCUCGUUCUCGGUUUCGAUCUGUCGACACAAUCUUGCAAAGCCGUUUUAGCCGAAGCGGUUUCGCCUUUCCGCCUAGUCGCUGAAGCUAGCGUGAAUUUCGAGGAGGACUUCCCCGAGUACGAAACUACUAGUGUUAAGGCUACCCCUAAUCCAUCUCUAUAGGAAUCCCUCAACAAUAUGCACCCCCAUACAAGGGGAAUACUGUGGCAUAUUGUUGAGGGAUUGCCACAGGGAUGAAUUAGCGAGAGCUCUAAUAGUGGCGUGAUCAACCCAGGAGGGAGUAGCGAAUUCUUCACGCCAGUUUUGCUGUGGGUGGAAGCGUUUGAGCUAUGUCUGACCAAGUUGCGGAACUUGGGUUUGAAUAGUGGAGAUUCGAAAGCGUUUUCGUUUGCGAACGUGAUACGGGUGACGGGGUCAGCGCAACAACAUGGAACAGUGUAUUUGAAUGAUCGGGUGCGCGAACAAGAUGAAUCUAGAAGUUGUAUGGAGGUUCUGGUCUUUGGUAUAGCCUGAAUUUGAUCCUAAAAAGGGUUCUCUUCUUGUUUUCCCUUAUGAUCCAAUUCAGGCUAUACCAAAAAUACCGGAACCAUUCACUAGUCGUGGUCCAUCCGCCUCCUCGUCUUCAUUGAGGAGUGCAACCUCACAGACUGGUCUAACAAGCUGGAUCGAGCCCAUGCUCUACCGCACUACGGCUCCAAUUUGGAUGGAUAUGUCCACAACCACAGAAGCAGCAAAUCUCGAAGCUGCUUUUGGCUGGCAAAACUUGACGCAAAUGACAGGUUCGAGAGCCUACGAACGAUUCAGUGGACUGCAGAUUGCUAAGGAGGUAGCAAAAAAGGCGAAGAAGAUAUUAGUAGAGGUAGAGCAGCAGAGAUUGAAAUGCAGUGAGGACGAAGAGAAGGAUCAGCAUCAACUAACUCGUGUCCAGCUAGUGAGCAACUUCCUAUGUGGUCUUUGCACUGGCAAUUUAGCCUUGCCAAUAGAGGUGUCGGACGCGGCUGGUAUGUCGAUAUUGAAUCUGCAUACGAAGAAGUGGGAUGCAAGGGUGGUAGAGCAUUUGGGGAUUGCGUCGAAAGAAUUGUUGACACCACCGAAUCCACGACCACGUGGAGAGAACAAGGAGACCACGGUGCAAGAGAGUGAAGAAGAAGAUAUCGUUAGAAUUAAGGGUAGGUUAAAGGUGCUUUUCUUACCGCUUUUUAUGCCUCUCUCCCUUAGGAGGAGAAAGGCAUAACAAGCGGGGUAAGCGAGCACCAAAAACCUACCUCUAAUAGAACAACGAUAACCACGUCAUCAACAUCUUCAUCUUCUUCUUCCCUUUCCUACAACCCAGCCGCCCAGUAUCAGAUCUCACCCUACUUAGCAGAAAAGUACGGCUUCAACCGCGACAAAUGCACGGUCUUGCCAUGGACAGGCGACAACUGUUCAGCCAUUGUCGGAGCACAGCUUUUUGCAGAAGACGAACUUGUGAUCUCUUUGGGAACAUCGGAUACACUGCUUCUCCUAUUGCCAGAGGCCUUGACUAAACCUAAAGACACUGAGGACCUAAACGGAGGAUGUUCCAGAUUCGCCAUAGAUCUCCCACCCUAUGGCCACAUCUUCCCUCAUCCUGUGCUACCCGGGAGGUUUUUUGCGAUGUUGUGCUAUUCAAACGGAGAUAUUUGCAGGAAAACUGUGAGAGAUAUGCUUGCGAAUCCACGGACGACUGCUCAGCCUCGCCAGGUGUCUUCAUCAAAGGAAGGCCGCGAAGAGGAGCUGGAGCUUGUACCAAUUGAAGAUGCAGCGAAGUUAAGGCUUUUCCUAAUCCAUCCCUGUACUAGACAUCCCUCAGACAUUCAUAUGCGCCCCAGCAAAAGAAGGGAGAUACUGACGCGCAUAAGUAUGUUUGAAGGAUCAUUUUCACAGGGAAGAUAAAUAUUAGGGGAGACAAGCUCUAACGAAGGACCACAAGAAGAAAGAAGCAUUAAAAAUAGAAGAACAGAAAGUAGAACUACCAUCAACAUCACUACCCGUCGAUCCUACUGCUCCCUCACUGGAACUCGAAAUCCCUCAAAUUCGCUCUACCCCUUCCACCACAUCUUCGUCACCUGGAGCGCGGUCCAGAAGUAAGAAUUUAGAAGUCGCGGUGUCGAGCUCUCCCUCUAUCAGCCACGUCGAUGAGUGGGAUGAUGCAAUGACGCCCGCGCAAUUGGCUUCGAGGGCAUGGGCAAAGUUUGAUCUUUUAGUGCAGGAAGCAGCACCUCGUCCUGUGGUCCCUGCUAGCAUAAUUGAUGAUACAUCACCAUCCGGCGGUAGAGGAAGUGGUGUUGCUAGCAUAAUUGAUGAUGCAUCCGGCGGUACUAGAGGUACUAGUGGUCGUAUUAAAGGGGUAGGAGAUAAGUUUGUCGGUCUCUUCACUGUUGUGGACGAGAUCUGUCCGCCUUUAAAGCAGUUUGCUGGGACACAAUGGACUGAAGCGGAGAUCUUUAGCAAGAAGAGCGGCAGUUGUUGUACUGAAGAAACUACUUCAUCGACGCUAGUGGACGAAAUGAUGUCACCGGAUGAGGCAGAAGAUGGAAGAGGAGAAGUAGUAACAGUACCUGGAAUGUUUGCGACAUCCUCAUCUUCAACAUCAUGGAAUCUUCUUCCAGAAGAGAAAGUGAUAGAGGGCAGCACAAGAACGUGUUCUUCAAGCAGUAGCAGCAGCACCCGUGCCAAGCUUUGUCGCUCCGUUCUAGAAGGUCGUGCAUUAGCAAUGCGACGUCAUGCUUCUGUGUUUCUACCCAAGAAAGCAGAUGAAGAAGGCACUACGAGGAAACCUCGUUUACGCCGAAUCACAGUUGCAGGUGGAGGGGCACGAAAUGCUCAAUUUUUGCAGAUACUAGCGGACGUUUUUCAAACCGACAUCAUGGUUCACGAAAACGCCUCAAAUCUCUGCGCUUUGGGAGCUGUGUAUAGGGCAGUGAAACCGGAUGCACGCGUGGAUCCUGCUGUGUUUGAGGAGAAUGCACACUUUGUAAGGCAUAACAAGCAACUUAACGCGUUCUAUGACGAGCUUUUGGAGGGAUAUUCGUUUCUGGAGGAUGAGGCGUUGGGACGGUAUAGCAGGUCGGAGAGAUGAGGAGUUCGUUUCUGGAAGACGAGGCGUUGGCACGGUAUAGCAGGUCGGAGAGAUGAGGAGUUGUUGUAUGCGUAUCAUGCUAGAAGUGUUUAGGAGUUGAUCGUGAUCUUGAAUGAGUAGCUCUUGUUUGACGUUAUCUAUCAGUUUUUGAAUGCGAAAGCAGAGAAUGCACGGUGAGCAGUCGUGAGUUUUCUGAAAGUAUCAAUUUUGUCGAGGUCGAUCAUAAAAAAGGCCAGUAGUUCCAGUUGAUGAACAGUAAAACGAAAGACGGAGAUUCAUGCACAAGUACUGUGCUCCUACUCAUAAUCGUGUAAAGAGAAGGAGAACCUCCUUAAUAGAGAACGAGGGG